CUAUAAUGACCAGCUUCAUCCGAGGCAAGCAGGCUGGUAUACAGAACGAUCUCUCCGCCGGACUGACGCCCGAGCAUGUCGCUAUUGACGACAUCGAGCGCUAUGGUAUUAACAGUCAGAUAGGUGCCAUCGCCUACGAUCCUGUGCAAUCACUGCUGGCGGUGGGCACAAAGGACAGCAAAUUCGGUCCUGGACAAAUCUACAUCUUCGGUAGAGGCAGAGUGGCCGUCAUCCUGGAUCUACCGCAACGAGCAUCAGCCAAGCAGAUACAAUUCUGUGCAGACAAACUUGUCUGUCUCGACUCAAAGAACGACUUAUCAUUUUAUUCGCUCGAGGCGAAGAAGUUGAUUGGGUCUCACUCUCCACCUGGUGUCGCUACAUGCAUCGCGACGGAUCCCGCGCUGGACUAUGCCUUGAUUGGUAUGCAGACUGGAGACGUUCUUGCUUAUGAUAUGGACAGAGAAGGAGCCGCUCCUUUCCGUAUCCCAAACCUGUGGGUUGAGCAUGACUCAAGGGCACGAGUGUCACCAGUUGUCAGCAUCCAGUUCCAUCCUAGAGAUAUUGGAAAGCUCCUGAUCGGCUAUGUUCACGGUGCCGUUACCUUCUCCUUCAAACAGAAUCAAGCUCAGAGGUUCUUCCAGUAUGAGGUUCCUGCUGGAGCACCGGGUGGCCAUGCGGACCCUUCAACAUCAAGAACUCCUCGCUGGCCGAAACUUACUCAAGCAGUUUGGCAUCCUACUGGCACUUUUAUCUUGACAGGACAUGAAGACAGCUCAAUGGUAUUCUGGGAUCCCAAGGAUGGCAGAAUCAUUCUGGCUCGAACGACCAGCGAAACACAUAUCAACGUGCCUGGUAAGGGUGCCACGACCCUUGGACCGACAGUAUCAGUCAAAGAGCCUAUCUUCAAGGUUGCGUGGUGUGCGAACAAGGAUCCUGACGACACAGCUCUUCUUAUUGCUGGUGGUGCAGACACGACUAUGCCAACAAAAGGCAUGACAUUCUUCGAACUGGGCCGAACACCAAACUACGCUACAUCAAGUUGGGACGUCCUUGCUGACCAUUUGGAGUCGCCUCGCCGACAAAGAGUGCUUCCAACCCCACCUAAUGCCGAAGUUGUCGAUUUCUGCCUUAUUCCUCGAGAAUCACCACACUUUGCUGGGGCUCAAGACCCCAUUGCCAUUCUAGCGCUGUUGUCGUCUGGAGAGGUCAUCACACUCAGCUUCCCAAGCGGCAUCCCAAUCACACCAACCAAUCAGCUGCAUGUAUCCAUGACAUUUGUGCAUCCGUUUAUCAGACGAGCAAAUGUUACUACGGUUGACAGAGUCAAGUGGCUCGGUAUGACUGAGACUCGCAACCAGGGUCCCCAGAUCUUGAAAGGUGGCGUGGAGCAAACACAUCCUCUCAAACGAUACGAAAACCGAAAUAUCAUCCAAACAAUGCAUGCAGAUGGCACGGUCAGAUUGUGGGACGCAGGUCAUGGUGACGAGCUUGAGAACGACAAAGUCCUCGAAGCGGGUGUUGGUCGAGCUGUGGGACGUAUCGAGGGCGUCGAUAUCACCAACACCUCUCUGGCCAGCGCAAGUAGCGAGUUCGCAGCAGGCACGAGAAGCGGUGAAGUUGCAAUCUUCCGCUGGGGAAACAACCGAAACUUUGGCCGUGAUGUGCCACCCUCUGCUGGUGAAAAUCGUCUCAAUGCUCUGACAAACAUCAUGGACAGAGCUGAUCCCAGUCUGAAGGAGGAGUGGGUGACGAAACUGGAGUUCAGCGUCAUGACUCUCGAAGAUGAAAACUACUCUAGUGUCAAUCUGCAUGCUGGCACUAACCUAGGUCGACUGGCGACUUUCAAGCUCGUUCCCGAUAGCAGCGGGCGUUACUGUGUGGACUUCAAGGGCGUGACCUCGUUCGAUGGUCGCAUCAUCCACAUCUCACCCGUCGAUACCCACACAGGCAGACCCGCAUCCGCAACUCCUGAUGCUGUAGCCAAUCUUCGCAACGGCGUAAAGACUGAGGGUGUUCUCGUCGCCGUAACCACAAGCGAAGCUCGUAUCUUCCGUCCAGCAACCUCCAAGGGCGCUCACAAGACNUUUGACAGCUAUUCCUGCGAAUCAGCAGCGGUGGUAAGAUUCCAAGAUCAAGGCUAUGUGCUUGCUGGCUUAUUCGGCGAUGGCACUGUGCGUGCAUAUACCUUGCCUGCAUUGAGAGAGCUCAAUUCCAUCAACAUAUCGCAUAUUCUGGACACCAGACGAUUUGCCGAUUCCAUCAUCAUUCCCAAUGGAGACAUUUUCGGUUGGACUGGUCCUUCUGAGAUGGCUCUGAUCAACAUGUGGGGAACAGGCCAACUACUACCCACAAUCUCAAACUUCCAAUGGGUGGCAGGAACACAAUACAUAACACCCGCAGACAUGGACAUUCUAAGUAAAUCUCCCUGUCACCUCCCCUUCCUCCCCAUCAACACCACUAACCUCUCCCCUCAACANGUCGGCGGCCCCGACCGUCCCCCCUCCAAACGCAUGCUCGCCCAAUCCCGCGCAGACGAAGCUUCUCGCCUCGCCGCCUCUCGCCGCCCUGCUUCCUCCUCAUCCUCAGCAGCACAAGGCAGCAAUGAAGGCUGGGGCGCCUACAUGCAACGCCAAAUCCAAGAACGCACAGAAAAGCUAAAUAUCAUGGGAGACUCGAUGGAGAAUUUGGAAAACAAUAGUCAGGGGUGGGCGGAUGAUGUUAGUAAGUUUGUGAAUCGGCAGAAGAGGGGUGCUGUUACGGGGUUGAUUAAACAUAAGUUUGGGUUU